GGAAGGGGAGGAAGGAAUGCGUGGGGGGGGUGGCGAGGAAGUCCUCAGGUCGGUCACCUCCCAAGCCCUCCGUUCACGCGCGUGUCCUGUGCUCCCGUGUUUUCCCUUCUUCCGCAGGCCCGGCCGCCCGACGGCUCCUGCCCGCCGCCUGACCGUGGCCCCCGCGGCGCCCCCGGGGCAGCCCCUCGGAGCGCGCAGGCCGCGCGGGGCGCCAUGGCCCUGCUGCCCGGGCAAGCGGACGGCUCCGGCCCGGCGCGGCUGGUCACCAUCAACGUGGGCGGCUGCCGCGUGCGCCUGCCCUGGGCCGCGCUGGCCCGCUGUCCGCUCGCGCGCCUGGAGCGCCUCCGGGCCUGCCGCGGCCGCGACGAGCUGCUGCGCGUGUGCGACGACUACGACGCGGGCCGCGACGAGUUCUUCUUCGACCGCAACCCGUGCGCCUUCCGCGCGCUGGCCGCCCUGCUCCGCGCCGGGAAGCUGCGGCUGCUGCGCGGCCCGUGCGCGCUGGCCUUCCGCGACGAGCUGGCCUACUGGGGCAUCGACGAGGCGCGCCUCGAGGCCUGCUGCCUGCGGCGCCUGCGAAGGCGCGAGGAGGAGGCGGCCGAGGCGCGCGCCGGGCCCGAGCCGGGGCCCCCCGAGUUGCCCGCGCCCCGCGAGCCCCGCGAGUCUCGAGACGGCGCGCGCCGGCGCCUCCGCGACGUGCUGGAGAAUCCGCGCUCCGGACUGGCGGGCAAGCUCUUCGCCGGCGUCUCCGUCUCCUUCGUGGCCAUUAUGGCGGUCAGCCUCUGCUUGAGCACCAUGCCCGACGUCCGCGCAGAGGAGGAGCGGGGCGAGUGCUCCCCCAAGUGCCGCAACCUCUUCGUGCUGGAGACGGCGUGCGUGGCCUGGUUCUCCUUCGAGUUCCUGCUGCGCUCCCUGCAGGCGGAGAGCAAGUGCGCCUUCCUGCGGGCGCCGCUCACCAUCCUCGACCUGCUGGCGCUGCUGCCCUUCUACGUGUCGCUGCUGGCCGACCUGGCGGCGGGCGCGGGCCCGGGCCCGGGGCGCUCGCUGGAGCGCGCGGGGCUGGGGCUGCGGCUGCUGCGCGCGCUGCGGGUGCUGCACGUCGUGCGCCUGGCGCGCCACUCGCUGGGGCUGCGCUCGCUGGGGCUGACGGCGCGCCGGUGCGCGCGCGAGCUGGGCCUGCUGCUGCUCUUCCUCUGCGUGGCCAUGGCGCUCUUCGCGCCGCUCGUGCACCUGGCCGAGCGCGAGCUGGGCGCGCGCCGAGACUUCUCCAGCGUGCCGGCCAGCUACUGGUGGGCCGUGAUCUCCAUGACCACCGUGGGCUACGGCGACAUGGUGCCGCGCAGCGUGCCCGGCCAGGUGGUGGCGCUCAGCAGCAUCCUCAGCGGCAUCCUGCUCGUGGCCUUCCCGGUCACCUCCAUCUUCCACACCUUCUCGCGCUCCUACGCCGAGCUCAAGGAGCAGCAGCGGCGCGCCGCCAGCCCCGGGCCGGGCCCCGACGACGACGACGACGACGACGGCACGCGCGACGACAGCACGCGCUCGCCCACCGAGGACGACGGCGCGCACUCCCCGGCCGAGGACGGCGCGCUGGGCCCCGCGGAGGAGCAGGGGGCGGCCGGCGGGGGGCUGCAAUGA